UCGCUCCCCAAAGGCGGGAAAGGCGCCGCGCAGGCGCACGGGCAGGCCGCAGCGAUGGCGCCUACGGAGGCGUCGAAGCAGCAGGCACAGCUGAUGGAGGUGCUGAAGAAGGAGGUGAGGGCCAUGCUGAUCGCUGCCAAGGCGGGCUUGACGCCGGAGCAGCUGGAGGAGCAGUACAUGGCCAUGGUCUGCAAACCUCUCCCUCUGCAUGACCUGGGAUUCAAGUCCACCCUGGAGCUGGUGACACAAAUGCCUGAAGUUGUCCAGAUCUGUUCUUCCAAGAAUGGUUCUUUAAUCCUCAAAGCCAUUGCAGAUGACUCCACCAAAGGGAUUGCCAGGCUGGUUGCCAACCAGAAAGUAAAGACACGCAAGACAUCAAAGAAAACCGCCACGAAGGCAAAUUCUACUUUUCCCACUAAGUACUCUAAAAAUCCACAGAGUUUCCAUGCCCUGAGUGCUGGGACUCCUGUCCUGCCAGCAGUGGUGAAGGCUGAGCUGCAGGACCUGCUGAGCUCCUCACCACUCCUGCUGGCAGACUUGGACAAGGCUUUCCUCAGACGCUUUGGCCGGGCGUUCCAGUACAGGCAGUACGGAUUUCUGUCCGUGUUUGAGGCCCUCAGGAGCAUGUCUGAUUCCAUUGCUGUUGAGCAAACAAAGGCAGGUUCCUUGCUGGUCCUGAGGAAGUACUUGGCAAGCAAGAUAGAGCAGCAAGUGGUGCCUCCAAGUGAGGCUGAGGAAGAGGAGAUGCCUCGGAGUGAAGCUGAGGAGGAAAAGGGGCCUCAAGGUGAGGCUCAGGAGGAAAAGGGGCCUCAAGGUGAGCCUCAGGAAGAGGAGGUGCUGCAAGCAGCAUCUGCAGCUGAGGUGCCUUCUUUGGAGCCCACCUGUGAGACAAAGAGCUGCAUCCAGGCAGCAACUCUGAUGGAUUCAGAGCCAGUGCAAACACCAGCAGAAGAUUUGGGUGAUCACCUCAAACAGCAUCAAGGUCUGGAGCAGUUUCCAGCGGCCCCAGAAAUCCCUCCAGAUGCUGUUCAGGACAGGAGCCUGUGCAGUUUGCCUCCUCUGAAGAGCAGGUGCUUGGUGGGAGUCAUUGUGGAGUUCAUCGUCUCUCCCAGCCAGUUCUACAUCCACGUCUGCAGCACAGAAGCGUCCUAUAAACUGCAGGAUCUGAUGUUUGAGAUGAGACAUGUUUACUCACACAAAGUUGCUUCUGAUAAAUACAUCAUGCCUGAGUCUGCAGUGAGGCCUGGGCAGCUGUGCUGUGUCAUGGUCUCCAAGUGGUGGUACCGUGUCAUCAUCCACCGUGUGAUCAACGACCAGGAGGUGGAGGUGUUCUAUGCAGACUAUGGACACCUCCAGAUUGUCCAGAAGUCUUGGCUGAGAUUCCUCAAGUGGCACUACUUGAAGCUCCCUGCUCAGGCCAUCCCGUGUUCCUUGGCAUGGGUAAAACCUGUGGAGGGUACGUGGUCCAGUGCUGCAAUUCUCCUGUUCAAGCACCUCUGUCGCUUCAAGGAGCUCGUGGGCGUGGUGGAUGAAUACGUGGAUGGUGUUCUGUACCUCUUCCUGUGUGACACAUCCACCAAGGAGGAUGUCUACUUCCACUCUGUCCUCAGGGAUAUGGGAUAUGCUGAUGUCUGUGGGGAGAACAUCCCUUCCCAGGAGUUUGAGGAACUGAAUCCCUCAGCCUUGUAUGUUCAGCCCAGUGGAAAGCAGAGGAAUGCUGAGGUGGUGGAGCCAGACCUUCGCUUGCAGCAGCAAUCUCGAGAUGCAGACAGUGAAGCAGCAACCUUGAAGCUGAAUGGGGCUGAGCUGUGACCAGAUGAAGCAAACAUGAAGACCAACACCUUCCCAGGAGUCUCAUGGUUGGCCUCUGCCAUGCUCUGGGCUCUGUGACCCAGGGCCACCUCAGGAGCUGUGUGUCCCUCCUGCCCUGCUCUCUGCAGCUGCAUGAUUGGCCACUUCCCUGCUUCAGUGGCUGCCCAGCCUGAGAAGGAAGGUGUGAUGGGAGGGGACAAGCUGGAGCUGCUGCCAAGGAAGGCUGUCUGGAGCAGCACAGCUCUCUGUAUGACCCUGCUGUCAGGGUUUUUUUGGUUUGUUUUUUUUUUUUUUUUUUUUUUUGUUCAGAAACGUUUAAUCCUUGAAAAAACCUGGAUUGUGAUAUCUCAGGUGUGCCCAGCAUGUGUGAUAAAUGUUAGUUUUGCUUUCAGGUAAAAGUUUUUGUUGUACCAGUGGUGUACUGAGUUACUGCUCUUUAAUAUAAUGGUUCAGGAGAACAUCCAAGUGUCACAUUGUGUUAUGUAUCCUUUAAGUUUAAGAGAGGGAAAUUGGCUGCCCAUCCCUCCUUCCUUCAGUGCAUGAGCUCUUUUGACAUUGUGUGGGGAUGUGAUUUUGGUUUUUAAUGCAGUGGCUGCUCUGCACACUCCUUGCAGUGAGGAGAGCUGAAGAAACCUCCUUCCCCAAGAAGAAGAUGCUGGGAUUUGUUGGAUGUCAUGUGUACAAAGUGUCAGGAAUCUCACCUUAAAGAAAUUGAAUAAAAUCUGUGAGGAAUGCA